GGCAGGUAUGUGACGGAGGGGCAGAGCCAGGAUCGCCGCUCGUCUCCUGCGGCCGGACGCAUCGUGUGAAGCGUGCAGAGGAGAACAAUGUGGCCCGCGAGCCUCUCCCCCGCCCCCUGACUCUGCCCUUCCCCGCGCCCGACCAGGAACAGCUGAAAGCCCAGCGGCGCCCGCCCUCCUCCCCCCCGAACAGACGGGGCUCCCGCACCUGGAUCCUGGAUGCCCGGCAGGCGGCAGUGCACCAUGAGCGGCCCCGGGGGAUAGUGCCUGGCAGCAUGAAGGGGACCGGAGCCUUCCUAGCGCUCCCCGCCCUCCAGGCAGCCCCGUCCUCAGCCGGCAGGAUGGCAUCGGGCGGCGGCGAGGAUCUGCAGGAGCUGGAGAGAAUAAUGAAGUCCUCUCUGCAUUUAGAAGAAGAUGACUUUGUACCAGAACUUCCCCGCAGUAUUCACCCCAGGGAGAGGCCGGACUGGGAGGAGACCAUCAGCGCCAUGGCACGAGGGGCUGAUAUUCCAGUUCCUGGAGAGAUUCCCAUUGCCACAGAGCUCCCAAUGAGAUCCUGCAGUCACACCGCAAGCAUGAAAGUCAAGAACGUCAAAAACAGAAUAUCCUUCACCAAGGGGCACUUCCCAAAAUUGGCAGAGUGCGCUCACUUCCACUACGAGAACGUAGACUUCGGCUGUAUUCAGCUCACGUUGACAGAGGAUCAAAGUGACCAAAGCAGAAACGGCUGUGAAUCUAAGGAGCUGGUUUUCCUGGUACAAGUUGCAUGUCAGGGCCGCAGCUGGAUAGUAAAAAGGAGUUAUGAAGAUUUCCGGGUGCUGGACAAACACCUGCAUCUAUGUAUAUAUGACCGCCGUUUCUCUCAGCUCUCAGAGCUGCCCCGGUCCGACUCCGUGAAAGAUAAUCCAGAGCUGGUCACACAGAUGCUGAUGGCUUACUUGUCACGCCUGUCAGCCAUUGCCGGAAAUAAGAUCAAUUGUGGACCAGCCCUGACGUGGAUGGAGAUCGAUAAUAAAGGGAACCACUUGCUUGUGCACGAAGAAUCAUCCAUCAAUGUUCCUGCUAUUGCUGCCGCUCAUGUCAUCAAACGCUACAACGCCCAAGCUGCUGAUGAACUGUCCUUUGAGGUUGGAGACAUUGUAUCUGUUAUUGAUAUGCCACCAAAAGAACUGACCACGUGGUGGAGGGGAAAACAUGGAUUCCAGGUUGGCUUCUUCCCCAGUGAAUGUGUAGAAUUGAUCAAUGACAAGGUUCCCCAGUCAAUGACCAACCCCGUCCCCAAACCAGUGUCCCGGAAACACGGCAAGCUCAUCACAUUCCUCAGGACCUUCAUGAAGUCCAGACCCAGCAAGCAGAAGCUGAAGCAGCGAGGGAUCCUGAGGGAACGUGUAUUCGGCUGCGACCUCGGAGAGCAUCUGCUGAACUCUGGCCAGGAUGUCCCCCAGGUCCUCAGGAGCUGCACAGAGUUUAUAGAGAAACAUGGAAUUGUGGAUGGAAUCUAUCGCCUGUCUGGGAUUGCCUCCAAUAUUCAGAAGUUAAGACAUGAGUUUGACUCUGAGCAGAUCCCAGACCUGACCAAAGAUGUCUACAUCCAGGACAUUCACUGUGUGGGCUCCCUCUGUAAACUCUACUUCCGUGAGCUCCCCAAUCCUCUCCUCACCUACCAGCUGUACGAGAAAUUCUCUGAUGCAGUCUCUGCCGCAACAGAUGAAGAACGACUAGUGAAAAUCCAUGAUGUCAUCCAGCAGCUUCCUCCUCCGCACUACCGGACACUGGAGUUUCUCAUGCGUCACCUCUCCCGACUGGCAACCUAUUGCUCCAUCACCAAUAUGCACACCAAGAACUUGGCCAUCGUCUGGGCACCAAACCUGCUCCGGUAUGGGACCGUUACUUCCCGAUCAAAGCAGAUUGAGUCGGCAUGUUUCAGUGGUACGGCAGCCUUCAUGGAGGUGCGGAUCCAGUCUGUGGUUGUGGAGUUCAUCCUCAAUCAUGUGGAAGUGCUGUUCAGCCCCAAGCUGAGCUCUGUGAUACGAGAAGGAGCAGGCCACACUUCUCUGUCGCGACCAAAGUCUCUCCUUGUGUCUUCACCUUCCACCAAGCUGCUUAGCCUUGAAGAGGCCCAAGCACGAACACAGGCUCAAAUAAACUCCCCAGUUGUGGCGGACAGUAAAUACAUAGAAGUGGGAGAAGGACCAGCUGCUCUGCAGGGCAAGUUUCACACAGUCAUUGAUUUUCCAUCAGAGAGAAAAAGGCCACCCCCCAAGAUGAAGAAGUCUCCCGUGGGCAGCUGGCGCUCCUUCUUCAACCUGGGGAAGUCAUCGUCGUCAUCAUCAUCUUCUUCAAUGUCUAAGAGGAAGCUGACCCGGAACCCAAGUGAACCAUCUGAAAUUAAGUCCAUGGCCUUAGCAGGGGGAAGAGGAGACUCUGGGACUAUGCGUUCGGCUAAAAGCGAAGAGUCCCUAAGUUCCCUGCACACCGCUGAUGUGGAAUCCAAGCUUUUCCGUCCUCGGCGCCCACGCUCUAGUAGUGAUGCUCUUUCGGCCUCAUAUAAUGGGGAUUUACUGGAAAGCUGCAAUCGUUGCAACUCCUAUGAUAAUCUGCCUCAUGACCAAGACAGUGACGUGGAUGAGGGAUUGAUUCAUGUGCCUGCCAUGUUAUCUACGCGAUCUCAUGAAGACGAGGAUCUGAGUCCCCCUGAUAUUGGGGUGGCCAGUUUAGAUUUUGAUCCAAUGUCUUUCCAGUGCAGCCCACCCAAACUAGACUGUGAAGGUCUGGAUAGUCGCAAUACAUUCUUCUUGGACUCCUUACUGAGCAACAGCAAAGAGAGGGUACAAGGUGGACCCCAACCAUCUGUCAGCGGCCACAGCUCUGAGCCCAUGUCUCCUUACCAGGAGCAGAUCGCCAGUCUCUUCCGAACAUCUGACCGUAGUCCCAGCACUGAGAAGAUUCAAAAAUCCACAUCCUUUGCCGAAAAGGUGGUGCAAGCCUUCUCGCCAAAAGUGGGCCGCAAAGCAGUCAGAUCUCCACCACUAAGCAUCUCUGAACCAGUCACUGUCUCGUUGCCUAGUCGGGUGUCAGAAAUGAUUGAAAACAUGCAGGGAAGUGGUGCAGCCGCCCAGUCUCUUAUGUGGUUCAAGGAAAGUGGCUCUAGAGAACUGGUGACUGUUCCAGCUUUUACAUUCAGAUCUGUGGACAUGGGUCCUGCGCAAUUUUCUAUAUCAACACCCACAGAAUCGCCCAGAACCGUGGAUUCUGUUGUAACGUCUCAGUGGAACAGCCCUGCGCAUGAGACAGAUGACACUGCAGAAACUGGAUCUCCAGGAAUUCCCCAUGCCACGUGCAACACUGAGCUCUCAUUCUCUGAUUGCUGCACCCAGGAGCUCAGCACCAGCCACGUAGCUGGAUCAUCUCAGAUGGAGAACACGGAAUUGUCAGGAGAAGAAAACACACGUGUCCCCAGCUUGCCUACACCCCCAGGGUUAUCUGCUGUGGAGACUCCGUUGGAUCCUGUCCCUGUUACCAGUGUUUCCUUCAUUCCUCCUCCUCCUCCUCCCAAAAAUGCUGCUCGUAUGCUGGCUUUGGCAUUAGCAGAGUCUGCACAACAAGCUUCUAGUCAAAAGAGAACUUACCUUCAGUUCAUGGAGUUACCACUGCCUCCUCCACCAGAAGAGGAGCCCCUGCCAGAUCUCCCACCACAGACGGUGUCCCCUACACUAAUGCCAGGAGCAGAUGUAUCCCCGACAAGUCCAGUCCUCACUGCGGCGGCUACCCCCAGCACAUCAUCCUUCUCCAUCACCACUAUCCAAUACAGUCCAGUGAGGAGUCACAACACUGUACCAAGAGAGAGCCCGUCUGCUGUCACCCCAGGACUUAGCCCCUCAUCCCAGGGCCCAGGAUCCAUUCCAACUGAAGAGAUGACGCCACCUGGGCCAUGUGAAGUCAACUCCAACUACCUUACAGAACUGUGUACUACACUCCCCUCAUCUGACAGACCCAGCCCAAGGCCUCAUUUUCAUCAGCGAUCCGAGUCUUUUCCUUCCCAUCCUACACAUGGUACAGGACCGCCAGCCCCACCAGUUAGAACCAUGGAGAGUCGUCUGGCCACUGCCCUACACUCCAACUAUAACGAUGCAAUCACGGCUAGCAAUUAUCACUCCUUCCUGAGUACUAUCACUCUGCCAUCAUCUCUGGAGGAUGCGCUGCCUAGGCACAAUUAUUCAGCUCACGUAAGAUCUGAGAUCCUGAUGGAGCAGGGUGCCAGCUACAGACAGCCUUAUUCUUCCCAGCCUAAAACCGAGGAGAAGCUUGAAACUGGGGAUGGAUACAGACAUCCAUAUCAAACCUCAACUAAGCCUGAGAACACAGAGCUUACCUACAGAAUCCCAUAUCCUGCUCAGGUAGAACCAGAGAAUCUUAAUGAGACAUUCGAUGCUUUUGUGCAUCCUAAACCAUCUAUAGUCCCCAAGUCUUACAAGGCAGACAGUGCUCCACUGCAUAUGCCAACACAACCAUACAUUUCCCGCUGUGAAACGCCCUCUUCAAAUUCUACACUUUAUGGCACCUACAUGAACCAGACUAAGCAUGCAGGACUACAGCAUUCUCGUGCAAGGAGUCGACCAGAAUUUAUGUCAUCCUUGAGUCCGAGUCUACGUACCUACUCAGAAGAAGCUCCACCAUAUCCAACUAUAAGACGGGUCCAAUCCUUGCAUGUGCCUAUGCAACCUCCACCACCUCCAAUGCGUACAGUUCCUAUUUCUAGAACAGAGGUCCCUCCAGAUGAUGAGCCUGCAUACUGCCCACGCCCUGUCUAUCAAUACAAACCUUGCCCAUCCUUCAAUUCUUCAUCAGAUUAUCAUGUCACUCAACUGCAGCCUUACUUUGAGAAUGGAAGGGUACAAUAUCGAUACAGCCCCUUCUCAGGCAGCACCACAUACUACUCAUCAGAUGGCACCUUCUAUGAUAUGGACCCUUACAGCACAUUGCGUUUGCGUCCGUACCACCUCUAUCCAAGUCGUGACUUUGCAUCUUAUACUACAAGACUGCAGCCCAAGUCCACAUAUCGGUCACAGAUGUUGGCACCAUAUCCAAGAGGAAAUCUGCGCGAGCACAAUUUUAUUAGCAGAGAUGUCCCCCCUGCGUUACCCCCUGAACAUCCUAGGCCUCUUCAUGUCUCCUGGGAUAUGGAGGAUAUGGAUAGGUAUAGAUUACAGUCGCUGAGACGUGAUAACAGAGCCCGUCAAAUAUCUAAAGGACCUGUGAUGUCUCAGUAUGAUAAUGUUACCCCAUCCUUAGUGGAGGAUACAUCAGGACUGGAUGUCCUACACCUGAGAAGUAGGUCUGACCCUGGGAAGACUCCAGGGCUUCUUAGUGUUGCUGAAUCUAAAGACUCCCGCUACCCUGGAAGAGCAGAGACUGAUGAACGCCUAGCACAUACUCUCUCAUCAUAUGGAAAUGGGUCCCAGGAUAAACCAUCCCUACCCCACAAAAAAAGUGGAGGGAGUAGGAAUCGCAUACAUCACGACUUUACCUCUGAGCAUAAGACUCUCCCACAGCAGGAUGCUGGACAUAGACCAUCAACGGAUGGACGAAAUGGUCCACCAUUUCCACCUGCUGACUACAGCUCUAAAACAUUGCCACUGCCUUCUGAACCUACAUAUCAGUCCUCAAACAGUAAAUACAAUGUGAGUCCACAAGAACCAAUAAGGAUUAACCACAAGGAAAUGAGACCGUCAGAGGACAAGGAGCGGUCACUUGCCAGACCAACUGACAGCUCACACCGAGACUGUUACAGAGAGGACUCCGCUCAGUUUGCUACCGCUCCACCCAAACCAGAGAGGAGCCACAGCCUCAGAGGCCACAACUCAGAGACUUUGGAGAGAGACCCUGCCAUCUUCUAUCCCUACCAAACACUCCAUGGAAAGCUGCACAGCUCCAUAAGUGCACUAUCACAGUAUGAUAAUGUGGCAGAUUACCAUUCCAUUCCCCACCACCGAUCAACAAGUCAAUCUAACCCAAAUGCCUUCCCCCUACCACAUGGCCGGACCUAUGCGACUGCACUGGGCCAAGGAGCUUUCCUAGCUGCAGAGUUGUCCCUGCAAAGGCAAGAGGCAAAAGUCCAUGCAGAGUGAAGGCUGCCAGGGAAUAACGGGAGGGUUAAAUGUGGAAAGAGAACUUCAUUCUUAUUAGGCAGACCCCUGCUGGACAGCGGACUGUUUUAUUUUUUCAAAAGACAGAAAAAACAAAAAAAAACAAAAACAAAUCCUAGUAACAAGACAAUAACUUUGGUACACACAACUAGCAAUACACACACAAGACACUCCUGCACUCCAUUGUUAGAUGACCGUUUUUAUGUUGUAUUCAGUGAUGUCAUAAUCCUGUACCGUUCGUCCCCAUUGGUGUCCUUCCUAAAUGUGAGGAGGAACGCAGAGGAAUAAAAAACUGCUAUUUAAUCCAUAUUGGGUUUGUUGUGUAUAUGAAACAUGACAUUUAUAAUGAUGUUCCUUAACACUGUGUUGUGUCCCAUCUUAUAGCCUCUUGCCAUGAUUCCCUAUUCUUAGAUUUUAUCUCCCCCCCUCCCCCCAUUUAAAAGAUCAGUUAUGAAUGAUGGCAUCUCCAAGUGGAUAUGAUCCCUCUCAUGCAUGUGUAUCCACAUCAUACCCCUUCUGUCUGUAUAUCAUACAAACACUCUGGCUGCAGAAAUGUACAAGUUAGCACAACCUGGUGACCAUUAAUGAUGGCUUCCUCUAGUUAUAAAGAAUGACACUGUGCAGCGCCCCUCUCCCCUUUUUCCUUAUUUAAAGGUAACAGCCAUAACUAACAAGUCUUAUCAACGGUCUGUGAAUUAUUUACUGUGUCUAAACUCUAAGUAGUAAGCGUUUCUUUCUCUUAGGCAUCAAGUUUGCAGAAAGUCUAUAUUUUUGUUGUAUUCUUGGAAUAAAGUUCUCCCCGCUGCA